CUCAUCCUGGAAAAGGAUGGCAGAGCGUCUUCUCGUCCUACUUAAGGUGUUGAUCGCUGUGGCGACCAGCUGGGCAGACAACCCCUAGGACGCAUAUAACAGAGCAGAUGGAGUUGAGUUGGAAUGGUAGCAGCUCCGUUCCAGACUAUUCAGAGGAUACAUUUGCGUCCUUCAGCGAAGGAGAGGAGGAAACCUGCCGGCAGUAUGAGAAUGACCCAUUUGAAUCUUAUUACUCUGGAGAGGAGUCGGAAUGGCCUGCUGCGUCUGAUCUGUCUGAAAGUACAUGGCAAUCAUCGAGUCAAAAUGAUGAAACAGGACAAGAACCAGAAUCAUUGGAUUCUACAGCAGUAGGAGAGUAUUUAACUAGCAAAUGGAUCCGUCUUUUGAAAGACAACGGAACUAACACUGAGCUAGCCAAAUCUACCGUUGAACCAGAGAAUGCAUUGACAGGAAUUACCGAGGUAUCUGAAGAAGAGCUUGGUCCUCUGCAAUCUUUUUGUGCCAUCAAGAUUAACCAGCUCUGUCAUCUGCCGAGCUCAGCACCAGUGAACAGGAACAAGCACAAAGAUCAGAGGCAUGAACUUACUUUAGAGAAGUCACUGACGUGUGGUUUGAACUGCAUUGUCCCUGAUCCACUAGUGAAUAGGCUCUGUCUGAAAAAUAUCAAGGAGACUAUGAAACAGUUAGCAGAAACUGAAAUACAUCAACCGUCACGAUGUCCCCACUGCAUGAAGAAAAGAGCAGAGCUGUCAAAAGCUGCUUUUCUCCGACGAAGAAAGACCUUGAUGGAACAGUUUUUGCUUCAAGAGAAACUGGAAGAACACAUAUAUACCAAAGAUUCUCUCACCCUCAUUGGAGAAAUACACAGAAGUCUUCCUAUGCUUUCUGAAGAACCCAGGAACAUAUGGCAGAAACUGAAUGAGCGAGCUCUGAAAGCCCAGUGCCUAGUUGUGUGGGAACAUUAAUCAAAGCAGAAGAGACAAAUAGGUUGAAUCCACACAAGCUGAGCAAUGAAGGAUAUUCCAGGGUUCAACUCUGCAUCCUAUUGCAGUGCAAAGAGAGCAAUAUGCUAUCAU